AUGUCUGAACUAGCAGCUAGUGAUCUGUCUAUAUUCUAUCAACUUCUGAACGAUGAAGACAUUUGCCAUUAUGAAGUCUCGUCGGAUGGUGCGAGCACAUCAUGCAGUGACGCUGAAUUAGAAAUACAAGAAUCGGAACCUGAUGAAUUUGAUGCACUUGAAUGCGAAGAAGAUGCGGAUGCAAAGAACUACACCGUGUCUGGACGUACGUGGAGGUACAUCCCACCUUAUAACGAGAGUAUAACAGACUUUCAAAACUCAUUACAGGAUCACACGCUUUUUCUAACCAGAAAGAGUGAAAACGUGCAAACAAUAGACGAAUGUUUUCAUCUCUUCAUCAAUCAAGAAAUUAUCGAUAAUAUCGUUUUGUAUACAAACAAAAAGGCGGACGAAAGUAUGCCAAUGAGCAAAAAAUGGAGACCAGUGGAUCGCAUCGAGAUCGAUGCAUUUUUAGGUGUUCUGUUGCUUGCUGGACGAUUCAAGGAGUCCUGCGAAAGAAAACGCGACCUUUGGCGAAAAAACGAAGCAUUCUCACGACCAUUUUACGCUGCCACUAUGUCCCGCGAUCGAUUCGUCGAUAUAUUCAAGUAUAUCCGUUUCGAUGAUUCCACCACACGCGACACAAGAAAGGCGAACGAUAAGCUGGCACCGUUACGAAACAUUACUAACAUAUUCACAACGAAUUGUAGGGAGUCGUACGACGCGUCGAACGUUGGAUCAGUUGACGAACAAUUAGUCGAAUUUCGGGGACGUUGUCCGUUUAAAGUGUACAUGCCGGACAAGCCCGGAAAAUUCUCCUGA